AUGAAUGAAUUAAGUAAUGACGAUAAAUUAUAUAAAUUAAUUUGUCAACGCAAUAAUGCCAAUGAACUUGAUUCAUACCUCAAGACUCUAUCGAAUGUUGAUGAAGUUUUGUUAUUUCUACAUCGACCUGGUGAUCAAUAUUUAACUUUAUUAAUGCUAGCUGCUGUACAUGGAAAAGAUGAAAUGGUGCGCAUUAUGCUUGCACAUUCUACAGAUGUACAGAAACUAGUCGACACUCCUGGAUGUGUAUAUCGUAAUGAUGGCAUGCUUGUUAGACAUGCCACAGCAUUGUGGUGCGCAUGUGACCGAGGCCAUUAUACAGUGGCACGCACACUUAUUGAAAUAGGAAAUGCUGAUAUUGAUCGUGGUCCAAGACACACUUUAUUGGUCGAUGCUAUUAUCGCUGAACGUCUUGAUACUAUUCGUUUUUUAAUCGAAAAUGGCUAUGCUGAUAUAAAUAGCGCACGACAUAAUGAGAAUUAUAGAUCUAAUAGUUUGAUUAUUGCAGUGACCUAUGGUCAUACACAUAUUGUUGCUUAUCUUCUUGAAAAAGGUGCAAAAUGUGAUAUCAUGACUCUACCAUCGAAUAAUACGCCGUUGAGUUAUGCAGCGAUAAAAGGCCAUCUCGAUAUAGUACGCUUAUUAUGUUUGGCAGGUGCUAGUACUUCGUUAAAGAAUAGAAGUGGUCAAACGCCAUUAAUGUUAGCCGUAAAGCACGAACGAAUUGAUAUUGUUGAAUAUCUUCUAGAUCAGGGUGAUAUCGAAACAGGCAUUAAGCAACUUGAAUUAGCUGCUUGUGCAUUUAUAGUACCAUCACAUAAGAGUCAUACAAUUCAGCAACCACAGUUUCAAAAAAUGAUGAGCUUAAUGAAUAAAAUUUUCGAAAUACGACGGAUAAAAAAAUUGCCAAAAACAGUUGCACGGCCGAUAGCUGCUUAUGGUUUUCAUCAAGAAUGUCAAACGAUGGAAGAAUUACGUCUAAUUGAGCAUGAUCACGAACGUUUAUAUUUUGAAGCAUUAAUGAUUCGAGAACGUAUUUUAGUACCGGAGAAAAACGAAACAUUAUUCAAAGCUUUGCUUGUUAUCGGCGAUAGACUUGUUGAAAGACGUCAAUAUGAAUUGUGUCUAGAUUUAUGGGAACAUACAUUUUAUUUAUAUCAAUCUAUGGAUCUUGAAACUGGUCUUCAUCGUUUUGUUUGGUUAUUUUGUAAAAUGACGUCGGCUAAUGUUGAUAUUCCUGUGAAACGAUUCAUACAAAUAUGUCGUCUGACAUUUGAACCAUCACAACAAAAACCAAAAGAUGAUUAUAUUAAAAAUGCAUUAUGUUUUCUAGUGCUAGCAGUAAAAAUACUUGAACGAUCAACAUUAACUAAAGACGAACGUCAAUUAAUUUAUCAAUGGACAAAUGAUCUUUGUCUUCGUAAGCAAACCACAUCUCAAGGACAAACUUUAUUGCAUUUAUGUGUCGACGAGCAAACGUAUUGUGAUAUUAAUUAUCGGCCCGAUGAUAUUAAGCCGAUACUUAUAUUUCCGAACUUAGCUAUUGCUCAAUAUCUUAUCACUCGUUAUAGUCAAUCGAUUGAUAUAAAUGCACUAGAACUAACUUACGGAAAUACUGCGCUACAUGUCAGUAGUCAAAAUUCUACAAUAGACACAUUAGCAGUCGUUCAAUUGCUGAUUAAUUCUGGUGCUCAUAUUGAUUGUAUGAAUGUAGAUAAUCAAACUCCGUUUGAUGUUGCUCAAGCCGAUUCAAUACGAAAAUUACUAAAAGCAAAACAAUCACCAUCUCGACUUAAAUGCCUUUGCGCACGCCUUAUUCUUUUUAAACAACUACCAUAUGAAUUAAUAUGGCCGAAAGAAACAGACCUGAAUAGUUUCUUAUUUUUACAUGGUGGUGCAACUAGACUUAGUGAAAUUAGAAUGAUAUUAUGA